GACAAGAGAGAACACAAGAGAGCAAGCGAGAGAGAGAGAGAGAGAGAGAGAGAGAGAGAGAGGGAAGUCCAGGAGGAGGAGAUUUAACAUCCUUAACAGAAGCAGUAGGAUCUGAAAUCAGUGCAGAACAGCACGUGUGAGACUCACCCUCUGACCGCAAUGGCUCGAUGUAACUUUCUCAGUCUGUGCGUGUGUGUUUGGAUCACUGCAGUCAUCCUGAGCAUCAGCGUGGAUGUGUCUCUUGGAGGGCAAGCCCUGGACUGCUGUUUGAAGGUCAGCCCUUAUUACAUCCCAAAGCACAUCGUCUCGUGCUACCGUGAACAACGCAGAGGUGACGGCUGCUCCAUCGAUGCUGUUAUCUUCCGAACUCGAAAAGGCCGGGAUCUUUGUGCUCCCUAUGAAGCCAAAUGGGUCAAAGACCUGAUGAAAGCAGUGGACACCAGAGCAAUGAAGAAAUCCAAGAACAAUCUCUGUCAAAGCAUGAACGCUUAGGUUGCUCGGGAGAACAGCGAUACCGUCACACCCACCCAGGUGGUCUGAUGAACAAAGCUGGAAGGUGAUGUUUUCGACAUCAUGGCAGCUAAACAGCUAAAUUUCAAUGCUAUACUGUUUCCUGUGACAACAUGAUUUAAAUAUUCUCUGCAUUAUAAUGUAUCUGAACUUUUGUAUUACUUCAAGUUCUUGUUGAUUUUUUUUUUUUUAAAUACCUUGACGUUCUCUUAAACUGUGAUGACCGGGAAUCUUCUUUCCACCAAAUAUCUUGACCAUAUGUUCCUGAUGUUACUGAUGAUAUUACUGUUGCUUUAAUCAGAGGUAAAACAAGCAAUGAUUUAAAUGAUUAAAAAGCAAGAUAAGGGCAUUUCUCAGCUCUCUGUCUUUUACACUAGCUUACAUAAGAAAUGAAAUAAAGUAAACGAGCAGAAGUAAAAA